CUCUAAUCUCCAUAAUAUAAUACUGUGUUGAAUGAUCUCUGCGCUCUAGCUGUGCUUCCAGAAUCCAUCCAGCUGAAAUUAUAUUUGAUUUUUAGAAGAAACCAUAAUCCAUGCAAAAUGAAGUUGAAGGUGGGCGGUGGCGAGUGGGAAGAAGCAUGUAUGGAUUAUAAUGGACUGAAACGCAGGUUAGAAGAGAUGAUGAGACGAGGAGCCUCAAAAGGUGUUGAUGGGGUGGCGGAUAUUGAGUGCCAAACGGAUGCUGAAACAGAGGAUAGUGAUAUAGUGUUGUUGAAGAAGGUGGAUGAAGAGCUGAAGAAAGUUUGCGAAUUUUACAAAGAAAAGGUGAAUGAAGUGAUGGAAGAAGGUGGUGCUCUCCUGAAACAAAUGGAUGCAAUAGUUAAUUUGAGAAGCAAGGUGAAGGAGUGCCAAAAUGGCCUCUCAAAACCACCAGUUUCUGACUUGACAGACAUGAUUAUGUGUAAUGAUGAUGAUGAAGAUCAGAAACCCCCACCAGCAGAUUCCUCAGAAUCAAAUGUAAAAGAGAUCUUGGAGGAGUUUGAAGCAAAAAAUAAUUCCAGUUUCAGCAAAGAAGAGCUCAAGCAAGUUGAAAGGUGCUUGGAACUUGGCUUCUUGGAUUUCUGUCGCCAGGUUCAUCGAUUGAAGCAAUACAGUUUUGUGAACCUGUCAGCAUUUUCAAAGAUCCUCAACAAAUAUGAUCAGAUUGCAUCAACAACUACAACACAACCAUUCAUGACAAAGGUGGAAAACUCUUACUUGGCAAAUUCUGAUGAGAUCACUGAUCUCCUUAACAAGGUGGAGCAUAAACUUGCUAAACACUUUCCGUAUUCUAAGAGCAAAGAAGGCAAGAGGUUAUUGAGGCCUGAAAAGAAAAGAGACAAACACAGCAUAACAUUUCUUUCUGGACUUCUCCUCGGUUGCUCCAUUGCCCUGUUUGUUGCUGUGGUGUUGCUUGUACAAACAAGAAAGUUGCUUGAUAAAGAGAGUGCCAAAAUUUACAUGGAUAACAUAUUUCCUCUUUAUAGUUUAUAUGCAUUUAUCAUCUUGCAUAUGCUAGUUCAUGCUGCAGACAUAUACUUUUGGCGGCGCUACAGAAUCAACUAUCCAUUCUUGUUCAAUUUGAAGCAGGGAACAGAGUUAGGGUACCGCGAGAUUUUCGUUAUAAGUAGUGCUCUUGCAGUAUUGGUCCUUUCUACUUUCCUGGUGCAAUUGCACAUUAGAAUGGACUCCAAGGUCCAAGAAAACGAGUCUCGCAUUGAACUGGUUCCUCUGGUGCUACUGAUUGUUGUUUUUAUCAUCAUUUUCUGCCCUUUCAACAUCUUUUACCGUUCAACUCGUUUCUUCAUUAUCGGGUGUUUCUUUCGCUGUCUUUGUGCUCCCUUCUUCAAGGUUACACUCCCGGAUUCUUUCUUGGGAGAUCAGCUUACCAGCCAGGUACAAACCAUUAGAAAUUUGCAGCAUUAUGUUUGCUUCUAUGGUUGGAGAAGUGCCACUCAGAAACAAACCAAAUGCCAAAGCAUCAAUGCCUACAUUGCAUUCUUUUACAUUCUCCCCAUCAUACCAUAUUGGCUUCGCUUUCUCCAGAGCAUUCGGCGAAUGAUUGAACAGAAAAAGGCGAUGCAUGGAUUCACUGCAGCGAGGUUCAUUAUAACAGUAAUGGCAGUUGUUUUUCAGACAAUGUGUAGAUUGAAGAAGGGGAAGAUUUGGAAAGUUUUAGGUUUGGUCAGCACAGUUGUUACAGUUAUAGUGAAUACAUAUUCGGAUAUAGUACUUGACUGGGGUCUUCUUCGGUGGAAAUCAAAGAACAAGCUCCUGAGAGACAAGCUUUUGGUACCACAUAAAACUCCAUACUUCAUAGCCAUUGUUCUGGUUGUCAUUUUGAGGGUUGCGUGGCUACAGCAGGUAUUCGACUUCGAUAUGCGGCCGAUGCGCAGGCAAAUUACGCCUUUCAUGAUCACAGUCUUGGAGAUUCUUCGUCGAGGGAUUUGGAACUUCUUCUGGUUGGAGAAUGAGCAGGUGAACAAUGUUGGGAAGUAUCGAGCAUUCAAGUCUGUUCCUCCUCUUCCAUUAAGAUACUGCAAUAAAGAUGAUAACGAUAAAGAUGGGCAGAAAGGUGACUAGGCAGUUACGUUAUAUAUAGUGUCUUAUUAUACUUCUUUCUUCCCAAUGUCUUAUUAUACUCAACCACUAAUGAUUUGUAUUCUGGA